AUGCAUAUUUGGAAAGCCCUCCUAUCAUUAGCGACGCUCGUAGCGGCAUCGCGCGAAGACACUCUUCCGCCUGGUCACGACUUCGAUUUCACUGUCAAAUUUGACAAUCAGCAAUUGUCAACGACAUCUCCUCCAGCACCGAAACAAGUCCUGAAUCUACGAAAUAUGACCGGAGAUCCUGAAUUUACUUUGUCUAAUAUACCUCACGUUGAAGGGACAGCUCGGUACAUUACAUUCAUGCAGAUUGGGGCAGACAGUGUCAUAUUCUACAAAGCGCUUCGUGGCAACGCCACACUCGAUGAUCACGGCGUGCUUCAUCAGUCAUCACCCAAGGUUUUAGUAGAGAAGGACUAUUUUCAAUUUCAACCGACUAAGGACAAGCCAGCAUACGAUGCGACGAUUGAAGUGUGGCGGCAGACCCUUAUUCUAGACUCCUAUGUCGACAUGGCCCAAAAUUCUACUGUUAUGUUGCCAUAUGCGAUUGACAGACUUCCGAAUGAGCCUUCUUGGCGCACAGAUCCCGGUUUCAAAUAUGCGACGAUAGAACUCAAGGUAGUAUUUGCAACUAACGAGGACAGUUGUGAUCAGCAGAAGACGGGCGUAACUGGUGAAUGCGUACCAUCGUCACGACCAGAGUCAACGCCACGGGCUAACAGCAGCCAAAAGAGACGAGCCCUCGACUGGGGGCACAUUUUACCGAUAAUGGGGGCUUGUGCUGCUGUUGCAGUAUAG